GAUUGCUCUAAACUUUGCGUAGCAAAAAAGGGCCCGUUGCUCUUUCAGGUUGUUUAUAUUUAUGUAUGCGUUUGUGCUUGAUUUGAUCAACCAUCUCUCGCCCGUUUUGUCCCCUUUUUUCGUUCCCCACGUUUAAUUUUUUUUUUGCGUUCCUCGCGCAGAGUCGAAUUUUUUUUCGUGCCGACGCACUUUCCCCGCGUUUGGUUUUUUCUUCCUCAUCGCGCGUGUGCUUCCCUUUUUUCUCUCUUCUGCUUUUACACUUGUUUUUUUUGUCACCAAAAAAAUCAAUAGCUAUAUUUCACAUCUUGCUAAUCAGACAAUUUAAAAAAGUAUCCGUUUAUUUUCACACUAUUAGUAAGCUCCAAGCCUUCAGCAGCGUCUCCCAUUGUCAACCAUAUCUAACAUCUUUUAGCCAUGGGAAACACACAGAGCAACCUUCCCACAUACUACAACGCGGACCCCACGAAUGAUGCCUAUGCGCACUCGCUCACCGGCUACGUCGAUCUGGCCUCAGAGGCACUUGGGGCCAAGGUUGUCAGGGCCAGCAAUGAGCGGUUCGGGGCAGCCAGCAACCUGAUUAAGGCGCAGGAGCCUCAGUUGGCACAGAACACCAAGUGCAGCGCUGCAAAGGGUGAGUUUGAUGCCUGGGUGACGCGGCGGCACAACCCCGAGACUGACUGGGCAGUGAUCCGGUUGGGCAGCAUUGGCUCCGUUGCGGGCUUCAACAUUGACACGCGCGGUCUCGACGGCGAGCACGCAUCGCAGGUGUCCAUCCAGGGCUGCCUGGCGCCCGAGAACUCAGCUGUCGAUAACCGCGGUGAUAUCGAGGAUGUGAACUGGGAGGAGCUUCUGCCAGCUAUUGAGAUUGCGCCCAACUCGAAGCAUACUUUGGCGCUGUGGACCCCCACGGCCGCAGUAAACUUUGUGCGCAUCACUUUGCAUCCCGACGGCGGCGUCGCGCGGCUACGCAUCCUGGGCACUGUUGCGGUUAACCCGGAGGCCGUGGGAGAGACUGAUUUGGCCUCGGUCAAUGCCGGCGCUCGUGUCAUUAUGGCGAGCGAUGAGAAGUUGGGAGCCAAGGAGAACCUUAUUCUGCCCGGCCGUGCUACCGCGGAUUCGCCCGAGACCUUGGGCUGGAAGACACGCCGUAGCCGCUCGGAUGACCACACCGACUGGGCCAUUGUGCAGCUGGGCGAGCCCGGCUUCCUCACCCGCAUUGAGCUCGACACUGGUCUCUAUGACGGCGACCAACCAGCAGCUGCAUCCGUCCAGGCCUGCUACACCGAGAUGGCCAACCCUGAGCGCGACCCGCAGUGCUUCUGGUACCAGAUCGUGGCCCGCACCGAACUCAACGGAAGCAAGGUCCACAAGAUUGAUGUCUCGCUGAACGACGUUCCAUUCUCCCACAUUAAGCUGGUUGUUCACCCCGAUGGUGGUGUGAGCAGGCUGCGCGCUUACGGUCAGCGCGUCAAGGAGAUCGAGGAGGAGGCUGCACGGGAGGAGGCUGAGGCUGCUGCCGAGGCUGCACUUGCUGCCGAGAUUGGGCUUGACUCCGAGACGCCCUCUGCAGCAUCUGAAAACGAAGAGGCUACUGACGAGGCUGCUGAGCAGGCUGCUGAGGACCAGAAACAGGCGAAGGUUGUCGCUGAAGAAGUCAUCGUCGUGGAGAUUACUGAGUCUGAGACGGCUGCUGAUGAGACUGCCGCCGAUAUUGUUACUGCCGCUUUCAUUGAGGCUGAGGCCAUCUCCAGUGCUGCAGAAAGCACUACCAAGUCACUCAUUGAUGUCACUGUGACUGAGGUCCCCGUCGUUGCCGAGACCAGUGGUAACAACCAGGAGACGGUCAUAAGGUCCAAAAAGGCUGACAGGGUUGACAAGGCUGACAAGCAGGAUGUGCCAUCGACCCCGCCACGCAAAAAGCAGAACAAGUCCAGGAAGAACUCUGGGUCCGAGUCUGAAGUCCCGGCCAAAGAUCAGUUCUCUUCGCGUGCCGGUGAGCUGAUUCAGAGCCUGACCUCCCCCAUGCCCAUUAGAAAACGCGCCAACACUAGGUCGCGUGUCGAGGAGGAUACCGAUGAGGGAUCCACCAAUACUGUUGAUUCUCAGCCCAAGCGCCCACGCCGGAAGCCCAAGUCUCGCAACCAAACUGCCGCAAACUAAAAUAGGGAAGUUGUAGGCUUUUUAUCUCUUCCUCCCCCCCCUAUUUUUUCUCUAUAAUAUUUCAUUUUUUAUUUUUAUCCAUUUUUCAUUUCACUGAUAUAUCUCGCACAUUAGUGUCUAAAAGAUGUGAUAUUCAAUGAUAACAAAAUACAUGUAUUUGGGGUUUAAAAUGUCAAAGUACAUCAUUUGCAGAAAACCCACAAGCUGGUUAUUUGGUCACAAGCACGCUGUUGGUCAGACCGGUUUUUUUUCAAGUAAAAUUUUUUUUCCUUCCACUUUCG